GCCUUCUACUUGAUUUUAAAGGAGAACGUGGUCCCGCACUACCGCAACCCUCGCUCAAAGGUGGAUACAAUUCAAGCUCCUGCUUCAACCUUUUCAAAUCAAGUUGCAAAUACCAAAUAUAAUCACGCUCUCGCGGGAAAUUUUCGAAUUACUCACAUUUGCGAGGGAACCCUCAUCAUUAGGCCGGCACACACUAUAAUAUCUCAAAGCCCACACUCACUAUAAAUACACAUUCGCGCCUGCGCUAAAACUGUUCGUAGAAAUUCUUCACUGAGAUUCACACACAAAAACAAUGUAUGUGGUGAAGAGAGAUGGGAGGCAAGAGGCCGUUCAUUUUGAUAAAAUAACGGCGCGCCUUAAGAAGCUAAGUUACGGGUUAAGCACCGAACACUGUGACCCCGUUUUGGUGGCUCAGAAAGUGUGUGCUGGCGUUUACAAAGGCGUCACCACGAGCCAACUUGAUGAAUUGGCCGCUGAAACCGCUGCAGCCAUGACAGCGAACCACCCUGACUAUGCGUCUUUGGCUGCCAGGAUUGCCGUUUCUAAUUUGCACAAGAACACGAAGAAGUCGUUUUCCGAGACGAUUAAAAUUAUGUACAAUCACUUUAACGAGAGAUCUGGCAUGAAGGCUCCUUUGAUUGCUGAUGAUGUCUAUGAAAUUAUCAUCACGAAUGUUGCUCGUUUGGACAGUGAGAUAAUCUAUGAUAGGGACUUUGACUAUGAUUACUUUGGCUUCAAAACCCUUGAGAGGUCCUAUCUCUUGAAAGUUCAAGGGAAGGUUGUGGAAAGACCUCAGCACAUGUUGAUGAGGGUUGCUGUUGGAAUUCAUAAGGAUGACAUAGAUUCUGCUGUAAAAACUUACCACAUGAUGUCUCAGCGAUGGUUCACACAUGCAUCUCCAACUCUUUUCAAUGCAGGAACUCCUAGGCCUCAAUUGAGUAGUUGCUUCCUUGUGUGCAUGAAAGAUGACAGCAUAGAGGGAAUUUAUGAUACUUUGAAGGAGUGUGCUGUCAUCAGCAAAUCAGCAGGAGGAAUUGGUGUUUCUGUUCACAACAUUCGUGCCAUGGGCAGUUACAUCCGUGGAACAAAUGGGACAUCAAAUGGCAUUGUUCCAAUGCUGCGUGUGUUCAACGAUACUGCUCGCUAUGUUGAUCAAGGAGGAGGCAAGAGGAAAGGUGCAUUUGCUGUGUACUUGGAGCCAUGGCAUGCCGAUAUAUUUGAAUUCUUGGAUUUAAGAAAAAAUCAUGGAAAGGAAGAACAUCGUGCUCGCGAUUUGUUUUAUGCUCUUUGGGUUCCUGAUCUCUUUAUGGAAAGAGUUCAGAGUAAUGGGCAAUGGUCUUUGUUUUGCCCCAAUGAAGCACCGGGUUUGGCUGAUUGUUGGGGUGAAGAAUUUGAGAAACUGUACAAUCAGUAUGAAAGAGAUGGAAAAGCAAAGAAGGUUGUUCAGGCUCAGAAUCUCUGGUUUGAAAUUUUGAAGUCCCAAAUAGAAACUGGAACCCCUUAUAUGCUUUUUAAGGACACUUGCAAUAGGAAAAGCAAUCAACAGAAUCUGGGCACAAUUAAGUCAUCAAACUUGUGCACUGAGAUAAUUGAAUAUACAAGUCCUACAGAAACAGCUGUGUGCAACCUAGCAUCAAUUGCACUACCACGAUAUGUGAGAGAGAAGGGUGUGCCCAUGGAAUCUCAUCCAUCUAAGCUUGUUGGGAGCAGAGGCUCAAAAAACAGAUAUUUUGACUUUGACAAACUGGGAGAGGUUACAGCAAUGGUGACAACUAACCUUAAUAAAAUAAUUGAUGUUAAUUACUAUCCAGUUGAUAAUGCUAAAAGGUCAAACUUCCGACACAGACCCAUAGGUAUUGGAGUUCAGGGUCUUGCUGAUACCUUCAUACUACUUGGCAUGGCAUUUGAUUCACCAGAGGCUCAACAGUUAAACAAGGAUAUAUUUGAGACUAUAUACUAUCAUGCUCUGAAAACUUCUUCUGAAUUGGCUGCAAAAGAAGGUCCCUAUGAAACAUAUAGUGGUAGUCCUAUAAGCAAGGGAAUUCUUCAACCAGACAUGUGGGGUGUGAUGCCUUCAAGUCGUUGGAAUUGGAAUGCACUUCGGGAGACAAUAUCAAAGUUGGGUGUGAGAAAUUCACUUCUUAUUGCCCCCAUGCCUACUGCAUCUACUAGUCAGAUUCUUGGCAAUAAUGAGUGUUUUGAGCCAUAUACUUCUAAUAUCUACAGUCGCAGGGUUCUAAGUGGAGAAUUUGUUGUAGUGAACAAGCAUCUGCUUCAUGACUUGACUGAAAUGGGACUGUGGUCACCUACAGUCAAGAAUAAGAUUAUCUAUGAGGAUGGUUCAGUUCAGAAAAUCCCAGAAAUACCUGAUGAGCUGAAAAUCAUAUACAAGACGGUAUGGGAGAUAAAGCAAAAGACUUUGGUUGAUAUGGCUGUUGAUCGAGGAUGCUACAUAGAUCAGAGUCAAAGCUUAAAUAUUCACAUGGAUCAACCCAACUUUGGAAAGUUGACUUCCUUGCAUUUCUAUGCAUGGUCAAAGGGUUUGAAGACUGGGAUGUAUUAUCUGCGAUCACGUGCUGCAGCUGAUGCUAUCAAGUUUACUGUUGAUACCUCUGUCCUCAAGGAAACAUCAGAGGUGGAGGAGGAGGAUGAUAAUAGCAAGAUGGCACAGAUGGUGUGCUCUUUAACGAACCGAGAAGAGUGUUUGGCUUGUGGAAGUUGAAAGUAUUCCAAAUUAUAAUUUCAUUUUCACGGAUUAGUGUAGGGCCUAAAAAAACCCUCACGUGCAAACAUAACAAUUUAUUUUAGAAGGCACUGCUGGUGUCAUAAGAGUAGGAUUCAAUUCAUACAUGAUAAUCUUAAGCAUUCUUAAUUAUAUCUAGAGUUUUGUAUAGUAUUUAUGGUGUUAAUUUCGUUUGUAUGUGCCCGUUCUAGUAUUAUAAGUUAAGUUGAUGAAAAUAUUGAGAUGUAACCAAGUGAGCUGUCAAGUCAGUUGCUUUGUUUCCUUUAUUUAAUUCGAAUUUGGAACAUCUAGCCCUUGGC